AUGUCCGGGCUGAGCGUUUUGUUCAUCCUGAGCUGCAUGCUCGCCUUGGCACUGGCCGAGCCGCGGAUCCAGCAGCAACAGCGCUCUGCUCUGGGUGGGCAACGCGUGGGCCUUUCUGCGUCCCAGCAUCCCUAUUUUUUCCUUGGCCUACCGCGUGGCCGUGCCAAUGCCGGCGCCGUCGUGCAGGGAUUUGAGAUUGUGGAACAAAAUGAUGACGAUGAUGACUUCCUGAAUGAAGAUGACGACGAUGAUUCUGAUGAUGACGAGGAGGAGUCCACCCAAAAAGAUGAUGAUGGAGAGGACAGCAGCGACGGCGAUGGCAGCCUUGAUGAUAUUCCUGUCCUGCCCAAGUCCAGACGACCCCAGCCCGUGAACGGUGAACGUCUCACGCGUACCGCCACCAAUCAGGCCGACACUGCUGCCGGCGUACAGCAGCUCCAACAAGUAGUGAAGGCUGCAAAGCCCACUCACAUGAUGGUUGCGCGCGAUCAGGCCGGCGCUAUAAUGGUGCCAGAUGGCAUUAUCGAGAUCGAGGGCCAGAGUGUGGUAGACGAAAAGACGGGUAAGUCGGCGCUCCUGGUGCCACGCGCUGCUUUAGACGCCAUUCCUGAUGGCAGUGUUGUAGCGCUCAUGGAGCGCGCCACAGCACGUGCAGUCGGCGAGGGUGAGGAGGAAGAGCGAGCCAAUCGGGUGAUCGUGCGCCGCAGACGCACAGGUGGUCGGCGCAAAGUACGUCGCCGUCGCACUGGAGGCAUCAGACGCCGCCCCGGCGGUGGCAAGCGUCGCCGUCGUGGUAACAAGCGCCGCAACGUUCGCGUUAUUCGUCCCACACGUCGUCGUGGCAAUGGGAGACGCCGCCGCACCGGCGGAGUAAGGCCCAUUGUUGUGGGCUAA